CUUGAGAGCCUGGCGCACGCUUUCCUGCCAGGAAGUUGUUGGUAUUCGGGAAAUAACAAAGAGACAAAAACAGGCAUAUUAAUCUCAAAGUAACGAAACACGAAAGAUCUAUUAAACGCGUAAGGGAUCUGGACUAAAAUACUGAAAGACUAUGGAUUAAUGGAGGACUAAUCGAUGGAGGCGGAGAGAAGUUUUGGUCUCCUCUGGGUUCUGCUGCUGUUGGGCAUAACAGGCGCUACAGCCAGAGAAGUAUGUCUCGGGACAGAUAUGAAGCUGGCUUUACCCUCCAGUCUGGAGAAUCAUUAUGAGAUGCUCCGGCUUCUGUAUACGGACUGUCAGGUGGUUCAUGGUAACCUGGAGAUCACUCACCUGCAGGGCUCACCAGACCUCUCAUUCCUGCAGGGUAUAGUGGAGGUUCAGGGUUAUGUGCUGAUAGCUCACGUCUCAGUGCAUUCAGUUCCUUUGGACAGUCUGCGCAUCAUACGUGGCAGUCAACUCUAUAACUCGAGCUACGCUCUCGCUGUACACGACAACAAUCAGCGCAGUCAGGCAGGACUCGCUCUGAAGGAGCUACGCCUCAGGAAUCUCACAGAAAUUCUGCUUGGUGGGGUUUAUAUUUGGGGAAAUCCUCAACUGUGCUUCCCCCGGAAUAUUAAGUGGGAUGACACUAUCUGUAAAGUUCAAAGCAAACCGUUGCACCUGCAAGAAGUCCCAAAGAACUGUCCUCUUUGUUCUUCAGCAUGCAGGUCUGGUGGAUGUUGGGGAGAAACGGAUCAAGACUGUCAAACUCUGACCUCUGUGCAUUGCUCAUCUGGUUGUUUACGCUGUAAGGGUCCAAAACCCAAUGACUGUUGUCAUGUGCAGUGUGCUGCUGGAUGCACAGGGCCGAAAGACUCUGACUGUCUGGCCUGUCGUCACUUUAAUGACAGUGGGGCGUGUAAAGAUAACUGCCCCCUGCCCAACAUCUAUGACCCAAUCACCUUCCAGUCCAAACCCAACAAGGACAAAAAGUUCAGUUUUGGAGCUUCAUGUGUAAAACAGUGUCCACAUAACUAUUUGGCCAUGGAGGUGGCGUGUACCAUGGUUUGUCCCAGAGCUAACCAGGAAGUCAUUACUGUUCAACCAGAUGGACAAGAAACACAGAAAUGUGAAAAGUGUGAAGGAGAGUGUCCUGAAGUGUGUUAUGGGUUAGGUAUGGGAAACCUUCAGGGCGUGUCAGUUGUGGACACCACCAACAUUGGCAUGUUUGUUGGCUGUAAGAAGAUCUAUGGCAGUUUGGCUUUUCUUUCGGACUCAUUUAAAGUGAACACUCUUACCAAUUCAUCUGGACUGCAGUGGAGUGACCUAGAGAGAUUGAAGACUAUAGAGGAGAUCACAGGAUAUCUGUACAUUGAUGCAUGGCCAGAUUAUUUGCCUGAUCUGAGUGCUUUUGAAAACUUGAGGGUGAUCAGAGGAAGAAUGCUUUACAAGGGUGUUUUCUCUUUGGGAGUUCAAUCUUUGCAGAUUGAGUCUCUCGGGUUGCGUUCAUUGCGCAGUGUCAGUGGGGGUUUAGUUCUGAUUCAUAAUAACUCUAGACUGUGCUACACCUCCUCUUUUCCCUGGACCUCUCUGCUACACCCCACACAGGGACCGAACCUCAUCAGCAACAACAACCAAGACCAACAAACAUGUGUUUUGGAGGGCAGAGUGUGUGACCCCCUGUGUGCUGAGGCGGGCUGCUGGGGGCCCGGACCCGGUCAGUGUGUGUCAUGUGUCAAUUACAAACGUGGGACUGAGUGUGUGGAGCACUGUAAUGUCCUACAUGGGUCAGUACGGGAGUUUGUGGAUGGUUCCUACUGUGUCUCAUGCCACCCAGAGUGUCAAGCAGUCAACGGCUCUGCCUCCUGUACAGGCCCUGGUCCAGAUCAGUGUAAGGAGUGUGUGCACUUUCAGGAUGGAGAUAUGUGUGUGGAGCGUUGUCCCAGUGGUGUAAAAGAGGACCAGCACACUGUUUGGAAAUACUUCAAUGCUACAGGACACUGUCUGCCCUGUGAGACCAACUGCACUCUUUCGUGUCCAUUAGAUGAUAAGGGGUGCCCCAUCCAACAGAAAACUGGGCCUGCUACAACCAUUGCAAUCACAGUUGGUGGUGUGUUUCUCUUCAUCAUUUUGCUGGCUCUGCUGGUGUUUUACCUGCGCCGACAGAAGCACCAGAAGAAAAAAGAAACCUUAAGAAGAAUUCUACAAGAGCACGAGUUGGUGGAGCCUCUGACGCCGAGUGGAGCGAUGCCCAAUCAGGCUCAGAUGCGCAUCCUUAAAGAGACGGAGCUUAAGAAAAUCAGAGUGCUGGGAUCUGGAGCCUUUGGCACAGUCUAUAAGGGUAUCUGGGCUCCUGAUGGGGAGAACGUUAAGAUCCCGGUGGCCAUUAAAGUUUUGCGUGAGAACACCUCGCCCAAAGCCAACAAAGAAAUCUUGGAUGAAGCAUAUGUUAUGGCAGGUGUGGCGAGUCCGUAUGUGUGCCGUUUGCUGGGUAUCUGUCUGACAUCUACGGUUCAGCUGGUCACUCAGCUCAUGCCGUAUGGAUGUUUGUUGGACUAUGUCAGGGAGAACAAGGAUCACAUCGGCUCGCAGUACCUACUCAACUGGUGUGUACAGAUUGCUAAGGGAAUGAGUUACCUUGAAGAAGUGAGGCUGGUUCACAGAGACCUUGCAGCUCGUAAUGUUCUGGUCAAAAACCCAAACCAUGUGAAGAUUACAGACUUUGGGUUGGCCAGACUGUUGGACAUAGAUGAGACUGAGUACCAUGCUGAUGGGGGAAAGGUGCCCAUCAAAUGGAUGGCGCUUGAGUCCAUAUUACAUCGGAAGUUUACUCAUCAGAGUGAUGUAUGGAGCUAUGGGGUGACUGUAUGGGAACUGAUGACCUUUGGAAUGAAACCAUAUGACAAUAUACCAGCACGGGACAUUCCAGAACUGCUGGAGGGGGGAGAGAGGCUCCCUCAGCCAUUAAUCUGUACCAUAGACGUCUACAUGAUUAUGGUCAAAUGUUGGAUGAUCGAUCCUGAUAGUCGACCGCGAUUUAAGGACCUGGUGGCUGAUUUCACCUCCAUGGCACGGGAUCCCCCUCGUUAUGUAGUCAUUCAAAACGAUGAGCAAAUGAGUUUGUCGAGUCCCGUUGAUAGUGAGUUUUUCCGCACUCUAAUGGCAGAGGAGGGAGGGAAUGUGAAAGAGUUACUGGAUGCAGAAGAAUAUCUGGUGCCCCAACCUGGCAUCUUCAACACACAAGGAGAAAUCAGAGCCAACGGACCCAGCAGACACCACUCACACCGGAGCACAGAUCAAGGCUUAGAGAUGGACGGUAUGCCAAGUGGGAGGGGUUUGUAUUCCUCUGUCAGCACUUUGGGGCAGAGUCAGUACCCAACCCUUCCUGUGGGGGCAACAGCCAAUGGGAUGUUGGCAGGGCCACAGUACCCCUCCCUUGUACGGAGUAUUUCACACCGUUCAGCCGUGGGCCAAUCAGACUCUGUGUUUCUGUAUGGGGAUGUGGAGGAAAAUGACUCUCCAUCCAGUCCUGGGCGCUACUCUAAAGACCCCACCAUCCCCAAUGGCAUCGAUGGGGAGUUGGAGAAUGACGGUCCUAUAGCUUUCCUUUCACACACACUACCACGUGGAGCGCACACACAACCUGAGUAUGUGAACCAGGAUGUCUUGUCAGAGCGUCCCAGCACCCUUCCACGCAAAACGGGUGAGAGGCAGGUCAUUAAUGGUCUGUGUACUGGGCACAGUGUGGAGAACCCAGAGUAUCUGGUACCUGUGGGCAACAUGUCACCCACUUCACCCUCCUUUGACAAUCCCUACUAUCAUGAUAUUGCAGCUAAAGUUAAGGCAGUCACUGGAGUGUCCAUGAAUGGUGGUCCAACUCACAUGCAGCCAAAUGGCUACGUGACCCCCACAGCAGAAAACCCAGAGUACCUGGGCUUAGCAGAGACAUGGAGUGGUCAAGUUGAGUAUACUUGAGUGAAAUAAUGUGGUACAGCAAAUGUGUGAAUGUAAUGACAACGUGUAGUUGUAUGAGUGAAUGAAUGAGUAAUGACAUGUAUUUUGUGAGCGACGUUCACGCCUCUGGAAAUGGUUUCUCGUGACUAUAUUCUAAAACAUCACAAAACCCAAUGUAGCAUUUUGUAUGGGAGUUUGAACUUAAAGAUGGAUGUGUCUUUGCCACAACAAUCUGCUUUAGAAAUUCUUCUGACAAAAAAUGUUGCUAUUUAGUGUUUUUUUUUUUUUUUUUUUUUUUUUUUUUUUUUUUUAAGACUGUUUGAGUGAUGACAAUGUUAAAUAACACUGGAUACAACAAUAUGUCUUGAUAUAAUUAUAUGGCUUUUAAUUUGGGAAUUAUUUUGGUUAUCUUGCUAGAACAUUACAUCACAUGUUUUUCUGAAGGUUCAGUUCAAUUCACAAUCGGGAGCAUACACACUUUGGCUUUACAGACUGCUGUGUGAGAGCAGAACUGGUGUGUAGCAAUGGUGUAACUCUUGAUCACAGCUCGACACAAUCAAAGCCGUUCUGUUGUGUAUGUGAAGGCCCUGGGUGAGCAGCUAGACUACAGUGCCAAUGAAUGAGAGAGAGACAUCAUUGUCACAGGAAAUGGGCCCUUUUUUGUUCAGCAGUGAAACAGCAAUUAAGAUGUAUCAACAUUUGUCCUCGGUAAUAUAUCCAGGUUUCCACACUCUACACCCCCCCCCCCCCCCCCCUUUUUGUUCUUAAGAGAAAUGACUAUCUUUAUUAUGGACUUGGUAGCAGUUGUACAGUGAAAUGAUGAUUUAGCCUAUAUGUAGAACAAGGUGGUGAAUCUCACAAAGAAAUGUCCCAGUCAUUUUUUACCUGAAAAUCAAAAGGACAAAAAUAAGAAUCAUAUUUUGCAUAAAGAAAUUGAAGCACAUUUUAUGACUAUUGAGAUGUAUUUUAUUUGUAUACAAUUAAGCACAUUUCCAUGCAUAUUUGCAUUGACGUAAUCUCUAGGCAAUGUUCUUUUGAGUCUUUUGUACUUCCCAUUAUUCUCAAAGUUUAUUCUCAUUAGAUUCUCAAUAUUGUAAUUAGUAAAAAAUAUAUAAAUUUUUUUUUUAAAUAAAUGAUUAAGGCAGUACAAUAAAUCCAUAAUGUAUAAAUACAAUUAAAAUAAUAUAUCAUUUUUGACAUAUUAUGGUUAUGAGAAUUUUUGUAUUAUGUAAGUGAGAGGGAAAUGUGCUUUAUUGUCUUAAAAAUAAUGUUACAAGGGGGCCUGGUUAGCUCAGCAAGUAAAGACGCUGACUACCACCCCUGGAGUCAUGAGUUCAAAUCCAGGGUGUGCUGAGUUACUCCAGUCAGGUCUCCUAUACAACCAAAUUGGCCCGGUUGCUAGGGAGGUAGAGUCACAUGGGGUAACCUGCUAGUCAUUGCUAUAAUGUGUGGUUCGCUCUCGGUGGGGCACGUGGUGAGUUGUGCAUGGAUGCCGCGGAGAAUAGCGUGAAGCCUCCACACGCGCUAUAUCUCUGCGGUAACGCGCUCAACAAGCCACGUGAUAAGAUGCACGGAUUGACAGUCUCAGACACAGAGGCAACUGAGAGUCACUACGCCACCACGAGGACUUAGAGCGCAUUGGGAAUUGGGCAUUCCAAAUAGGGAAGACAUUUUUUUUUUUUUACAAUGGAAAGAAACUGGUCAUAUCUUUAUGGUCCUAAAACAGGCAUAACUUGCAACAUUUGAUUUCUCUUUGCUUUCUUUCAUUUUGUGUUGAAAUAUGACCUGGACAUUUCUUGACAGAAAUUCGCCCAAGGAUAUGCUUAUCUCACUUGUUGUAUAUUUUUGUUAUAAUUUUUAAUGUUAAAACAUUUCUCAAAGGAAUCAUUGCUUUAUCUAUCUAAGUUCCUUGUUUGCAGUUAUGUAUGCAAUGUGGUAUUAAUUGAUGUCAAGGGCCCCUUCAGUUACUUUCAAAUUGCCUUUUUUAUUUUGUAUCUGAUUUUGCAAAAAAAAAAAAAAAAAAAAAAAAGAGAUUUUAAACCAUGUUUAAAAUGUUUAACUCCAAAUGUAAUCAUCCAUGUUUAUAAUGCCUAUUGUGAUAAUGACAUCUCCAACUUAUUAGAAUUUGCCACACAUAUGCACACAAAGACGGCUAACACUAAAAACAGUAUUGUGCUGUAAAUACUUCAUUUAAGAAUGCGAUCUAAUUUCCAUAUAUUAGCAGCUGUGGCCUCUGGUUGGACAAAUGCCACUUCAAUGCCUCCAUUGUUCCAGUGUGUCUUUUGUGAACUACCCAACUCAAGCGGCCAGUUAAUGUUCACUCCUUACAGGCAAGAUUUCUGUAUUUUCCUUGCCAUGUCAUUAGACAUUCUUUUGGGGAGUUUCAUGCAUAAUUCAAUCAUUGUCACUAUGUCAAAACUAUUUUAUCUUAACUUUGAAAAUCUAUCAGGUUUUUUGUUAAUUUUCAUACAUGAUUCUAGUAGUCAUGGAGUAAUAACCUGAAUAUGAACAUUUGAAUUUUGCUUUUGGAGUAAGUGAAAUCACUCGACACUGAUGAUGAACUUGUGAGUUGAGUUGCUGGUGUGAGAGAGUGAUAUUAUGCGUGCUAAUGGUACUCCAGCGCAUUUCGAUGUUAGCUCAAACAAUGACUUGAUUGUAUUUGAAAAUAAGGAAUGGGGGUAAAACUGUUUGUUGAAUUUUUGCCUGAUCUCUCUGCAUAGUCAACACUGUCCUACACAUUUUCUAUUGUCCAAGAUAUCUGAUUGGAAAAAUCAGAGAAAUUAAUGAAAAUGUAUGAAAAAGCACAGUUUAACCUAAUUUAAAGGUGUGGUAUGUAAUUUCUGCAUCAGUAGUGGCACUAAACUUACCGGUAAUUGUAAUCUGUUUGUUUGAGCAGUCCAACAUAGCAUCAGUGGCUCAACCAGCCAAUAAGUUUGGGGAUGGAAAUAUCUGUUAAUGCCAAAGGGCUUAUAUUUGAUAACUAAAAAUAAUAGCCAGUGGCCCUAAAGUUCAAUUUACAGUCAAUGUGCCAAAAGCCUUGGUCUUCAGCUUUCUUUGACCAUAUAGGACCCGGGGCCCUGGGAAUUACACACUUCACCUUUGACUUGUCGGAUUGCUUAGUUAUAGCCUUUAUGUAUGAGAUUAUUUACUCAGAUGUUCACUUCAUUACUCUACCCAAGAUCGCUGUUUACACCUGGUAUUACCAUGCAUCUCAAAUGCAUCUUCUAGGUCCACUUGUGUUUUAGACCCCGUCUUAAUACCAGGUGUAAAUGGGGUCUUAGGCUUUUCUCACACUGCAGGGAAACUCAGAUUUUUUUCUCAAAUCCAAUUUUUUAGACUGACUGUCCAAACCUUAAGUUACAUGUGGCCAGAUAAAAUUUUUCCUGUUCAGACUACAGCCAUUUUUGCUAGCACGUCCACGUAAGUUUUCAUAGUUAUGAUGCAAACUUGCGAAGGUUCACAAUGCGUGAGAGUUCAGCAAUGGAUGUUUUGCCAUUGACUAUGUUUGUCAUGAGGGCAGUAUCCCAAUACGAACACAUUUGUCACAGACGAAUAAAAAACAGAAAAGGUGGCAUAUGCAACAUUUGUGUCUGCUAGGGUUGACAACUGUCCCGUUUUAGCUGAGAUAUCCCAUAUUUUGGUCGAAAUUACGAAAUUACAGCUAUUGUCCUGUAUUUUAGUGGGCAACAAAACGUCCCUUAUGGAAGGCAUUGUGUCCUAUAUUGAAGCCAAAAAUGCUCAAAGGGUUUCGGACAGCAAAAUGCUUUAAGGGGACCCCCAUCCCCUAUUUAAGUACUUAAAAUGCUCAAGCGUCCCGUAUUCGUUUGAGACAUUCCAUACAUUAUCGUGUUGUGAUAACUCAAUCGCGAAAUGUGUGGCUUACCGCACCUUAGUACAUCUCUAUGGGUGGCUAAAGCCAGUGUUUGUAUUAUUGUAAAAGAGGAUGCACCGCUUUGGCUGCCCUGUGACAUACAGUAUAUAUGACAUAUGGUGCAUUCCAUUUAGAAGUGAUCAUCCCCAUGCCCUAUUCCCCUCAAAGACUUUCAGAGUUUCAGAGGACUGAAAGGUGUAAUAAAAAGGUCAUUUUGAAAUAAUUGUAAAAUAUAUUUUUUUUUUUACUGAAAAUUCAGUUUGUAACGAUCCUACAGCAUGGCCAUCAUUAUUGUUUUCCAUUCGAAGUGCCCUAUGAAGACAUCAUUUAUGCCAUUUGGAAUGUGGUAUGUCUUGUGACAAAAUCUUGUCGCAAAACUUGACAAAACAACCCGUUGUGCACAGCGAUUGACAAAAAAAAAAAAAAAAACUAAAUCUGAUCUGACCGUUCAAACUGAGACGCAUUAAUAAAAAUCUGAUUUUAAUUGGAUUUCAAACAACCUAAGAAUGUGGUUUGUAUCAGGACUAUGAAAGAUUACAAAAAACCUAAACGGAUUUAAGUCGGGUUGGGUGAAAAAUCUUAUUUUCUCUGCCUGUGUGAACAUAGCCUUAGUGUCCACAGUAGAGGUCUAUGCAAGCACAUUGAAUAAAUUGUAAAAUCUUUCAUUGUUGUGAUAAAAAGAAAAAAAUACAAAUGUUUGGGUGUUUUGUAUGUUCUUUUUUUAUAUGGACAUUGUCCUGAUCUCUCAUUUAGUGGUUGAAUGAUAAUUGUAGACCUGAGUUUGGUGUAAUAUUGCUAUUAUUUCUACGAGCCAAUGAAUUCAAGUAUAAAUAUAAUGUACACAAUAAUCGACUCCAUGCAAUGUGACUCUGUACUUUGAGAAGGCUUUUAAUGGUACAAGUUUGCAUAAAAUGUUUUGAAAAAUA